CGUCGUAAUUCAUCUGCCGUCCAUGGGUUACCCUUCGGAAAUCAGAGGCCGAGCCUUGAGGAGUUUCAAUCUUCUUCAAAAUCUGCAGGUAACCGAAUCAACCCGGUGAAUUGUCAAUUUGGUCGUGUCAAAGCAACUCAGAUCCGCCUAUUUCCCUUUCGAAAGUUCACGCGAUUGGGAUGGCUUGCGAACGAGAAUGCCCAAGUGCUGUACAUUCUCCCGAGCGACGAAAGCCCGGAGAUGAUAGCGCUGCUUCGUGAUCUGGUGAAAAAGGUUCGCCCAGACGUCUCGGAAGACAGGCUGUGGGUGAUUCAGCCCGACGGUGCCAAAUGCACAUCACGUGAGAAAUACCCGUCUAAAACCGGCGAAAAAACACUGGCGAUCUUUCUGAUGGAAAUUUUACCGUGCGAAAUAUCGUUCAACAAAGGUGCCUACAAAUGUUACACAGAAUUUCUUAGCGACUUUGAAAAAUACGGUAAAACGACAUGGCGGAGCCGAGGAUCUGCGCUUCCGGCGACGUCUUCCAGGCGAAGGGCGAUUUGGCCGUCGAUUUGUGCUUCUCUGGAUAAUUUGGCCCGCAGUGUGGGAACCGAGCUUCGGGAACGGCAACAUGUCGGUUACUUCGGUCUGGACGUGAUUACCUUCGUGGAUACGAACAGCUUAAUCUGGACGCUAAUCGCACCGCUGACAAUCAGCGCUUUGGCUGUGGUGAUGGUCUGUCCGACGACCAUGAAAUGGUUGCUGCGACAGGUGGCUCCUAGUCGAGAAGACGCGGUGUUAAAAUUUGUGGAAAGCGUGCAGGCUGCUUUACCGAAUUUUUGACUCUCGUCCCACUGUCAAUAA